AUGCCCUGCUACCAAGAAACUGCCCCCGCCACCAAGAAACUGCCCCGCUACCAAGAAACUGCCCCCGCUACCAAGAAACUAACCCCGCUACCAAGAAACUGCCCCGCUACCAAGAAACUGCUUCCGUUACCAAGAAACUGCCCCGCCACCAAGAAACUGUCCCGCUACCAAGAAACUGCCCCGCUACCAAGAAACUGCCCCCACUACCAAGAAACUGCCCCGCUACCAAGAAACUGCUUCCGCUACCAAGAAACUGCCCCCACUACCAAGAAACUGCCCCGCUACCAAGAAACUGUCCCGCUACCAAGAAACUGCCCCGCUACCAAGAAACUGCCCCCACUACCAAGAAACUGUCCCGCUACCAAGAAACUGCCCCCGCUACCAAGAAACUGCCCCGCUACCAAGAAACUGCCCCGCUACCAAGAAACUGCCCCGCUACCAAGAAACUGUCUCGCUACCAAGAAACUGCCCCCUCUACCAAGAAACUGUCCCGCUACCAAGAAACUGUCCCGCUACCAAGAAACUGCCCCCGCUACCAAGAAACUGCCCCGCUACCAAGAAACUGCCCCGCUCCCAAGUAACUGCCCCCGCUACCAAGAAACUGCUUCCGCUACCAAGAAACUGCCCCUGCUACCAAGAAACUGCCCCGCUACCAAGAAACUGCCCCCGCUACCAAGAAACUGCCCCCUCUACCAAGAAACUGCCCCGCUACCAAGAAACUGCCUCGCUACCAAGAAACUGCUUCCGCUACCAAGAAACUGCCCCUGCUACCAAGAAACUGCCCCGCUACCAAGAAACUGCCCCCGCUACCAAGAAACUGCCCCCGCUACCAAGAAACUGCCCCC